AUGGAGGAGAAAACGGAUAAUUUUGCUCACGAGGUCUACAAAGAUGCUUUCUAUGAGGCUGAUGAGGAUGGGGAUGGUUUUCUAUCCGAGCGUGAACUAGGGAUCGCCUUACGAAAACUAGGUCACAAUCCAAGUGAAGUGGAAAUCCGUGACCUUAUUUUGACUGUUGAUGAGGAUGAAAAUGGUCAUUUGGACAUGAAUGAGUUCAUGAACUUGAUGACAUUGAAGACAGCUGCUGUUGGAGAGGUCAACGACAUGUUUAAAACAUUUGAUGUGGACAAAAACGGUUUUAUCGACUGGAAGGAACUAAAGAUGGGGAUGGAGAACCUAGUGGGACAUGAGCUGGACGAUUCAGAUAUUGAUGAGAUGAUGGAGGAAGCUGAUUUAGACGGGGAUGGAAGAAUUAAUUACGCAGAGUUUGAACGUAUGAUGCAGAAGAACUUUGACACAGAGAAUGAUGAAGAGGUGUAAAGAAAACCUAGGGCCAAU